GUGUUGGUGCCAGAAGAAGAGAAUGAUUGACGGGACACAGACACCAGUGAGAGACACUCACCCUCUUGCUUCCGAUAUUGACACCUGAGUGUGUCCCAGCAGCCCUGGUGAGCCGCGAACACCUGGGAUCUCCAAGGGUGAUCGGAUGCUCAGCCAGAAGGCCACCCCUUUGCUGAAUCACGAUCCGCAACCAGACAUCUUUUACAAAAAUCAACUGGAACCCAUCGAGUAGAUAUGUUCUAGGACAACAACAAGCCCACAGGCUGCUGUUAAGCCCACUGCACCAGUAUGUUAGCUUUCCACCAAAGUCCUCCAGAUCCCUGAGUGCGCCCAGUAUCUCAACCCUUCACGGUCAGUUUUGGCAUCGACUUUGAGGUCUCAUCCUCUUUUUCUUUUUAUAUCCGGCCCUACCUACAUGGAGACAUCCAUGUGUGUGUAAAAUAGACACAGGCCACAGAUAAGCCAACCCCACGCCAAUUCCCGCCAAGAUUGCCAAGAAUUUAGAGAUGUAUUUGUCAAGAUUCCUGUCCAUUCACGCCCUCUGGGUUACAGUGUCAUCGGUGAUGCAGCCCUACCCCCUGGUGUGGGGACAUUACGAUGUGUGCAAGACCCAGAUCUACACGGAAGAAGGCAAAGUGUGGGAUUACAUGGCCUGUCAGCCGGAAUCCACGGACAUGACCAAGUACCUGAAAGUGAAGCUGGACCCUCCCGACAUCACGUGCGGAGACCCUCCCGAGACGUUCUGCGCAAUGGGCAACCCCUACAUGUGCAACAACGAGUGUGACGCGAGCACCCCCGAGCUGGCGCACCCCCCGGAGCUGAUGUUCGACUUCGAGGGGAGACACCCCUCCACCUUCUGGCAGUCGGCCACCUGGAAGGACUACCCCAAGCCUCUCCAGGUGAACAUCACCCUGUCCUGGAGCAAGACCAUCGAGCUCACGGACAACAUAGUCAUCACCUUCGAGUCGGGGCGCCCGGACCAGAUGAUCCUGGAGAAGUCCCUGGAUUACGGGCGCACUUGGCAGCCCUACCAGUACUACGCCACGGACUGCCUGGACGCCUUCCACAUGGACCCCAAGUCCGUGAAGGACUUGUCCCAGCACACGGUCCUGGAGAUCAUCUGCACCGAAGAGUACUCCACGGGCUACAUGACCAACAGCAAAAUCAUCCACUUUGAAAUCAAAGACAGGUUCGCCUUCUUCGCCGGGCCCUGGCUGCGCAACAUGGCCUCCCUCUACGGCCAGCUGGACACGACCAAGAAGCUCCGCGAUUUCUUCACGGUCACGGACCUGAGGAUCCGGCUGCUGAGACCGGCCGUCGGGGAGAUUUUCGUGGACGAGCUGCACUUGGCGCGCUACUUCUACGCCAUCUCGGACAUCAAGGUCCACGGCAGGUGCAAAUGUAACCUCCACGCCACGGUGUGCGUGUACGACAACAGCAAACUGACCUGUGAGUGUGAGCACAACACGACAGGGCCCGACUGUGGGAAGUGCAAGAAGAACUACCAGGGCCGGCCUUGGAGCCCAGGCUCGUACCUCCCCAUCCCCAAGGGCACCGCCAACACCUGCAUCCCCAGUAUUUCCAGCAUUGGUAACUGCGAAUGCUUCGGCCACUCCAAUCGAUGCAGUUAUAUCGAUCUGCUAAAUACAGUCAUUUGCGUGAGCUGUAAGCACAACACUAGAGGGCAGCACUGUGAGUUAUGCAGGCUGGGCUACUUCCGAAAUGCUUCGGCACAGCUGGACGAUGAGAAUGUGUGCAUAGAGUGUUAUUGUAACCCCUUGGGCUCAGUCCAUGAGCGCUGUAAUGGCUCGGGAUUCUGUGAGUGUAAGGCGGGAGCCACGGGGCCUAAGUGUGAUGAGUGUCUGCCGGGCAAUUCCUGGCACGCCGGCUGUCGACGUAAGUAACUGGGGCGCUGCCCU